CCGCCGCGAAACGGUCGGCGAAACGACCUUCCUCUUCGUUAGCGCCCGGCUCCAGAAAAAAAAAAGGUGCUCUCAGUUCCCCGCCUUUCUCUCGGUCCAGCACGCUUCAAACUUUGUUGAAGUCCACUCGCUCUGUUAUUCCGGAUGCCGCCAUCUCUCGUAUUUUGACACUCUCCAGCAGCACGACAGAACGUGACUACACUUUGCCUGCUUUCAACACCUGAGACAAGAACUCGGCAAUUUGGCACGUCAGCAAACUGAGGGAUUCGAAGGGCUAGCCAGCAACAAUGUCGAAACUCUUCAUUGGCGGACUCGCAUGGCAUACAGAAGAAGCGACACUGAGACAGAAGUUUGAAGAGUUUGGUGAGGUUGAGGAGGCCGUUGUGGUGAAGGAUCGCGACACUGGCCGCAGCAGAGGAUUCGGUUUUGUGCGCUACAUAAAUGAGGAUGAUGCCCAGAAAGCCAUCACGGCAAUGAACAACGUUGAGUUCGACGGGCGGCAGAUCCGUGUCGAUAAGGCCUCGGACACUGGUCCUAAAGGUGGUGGACGAGGGGGUGGUACCUCAAACAACUUCAAUAGGGGCGGAUAUGCCCCCAUUCCAGUAGCGGGCGGCCCUGUUCCGGGGAUCGCAUACGGCACCCAGCAGCCAUACGCGAUGCCGACGCCCAAUAUGUACCACCAGCCUUACGGGCGCGGCUAUGCUCCGGCAGGCCCUGCCGCGUACGCCGUCCCUUCGCAAGUGCUAUGAAAGAAGUGCU